GUGCAGCACUUCCUUUGCAUCUGGAUAGGAGGGCGAGCAAGAAAAGCAGAAGAGUUUAACAAAGUAUUUUUUGUAUGAAUGAUCUUCCUUUGAAAAAUAGGAACUUCAGAAAUUAAACAAAUGAGUCGUCUUCAGCAAUUCAGCCUUUACUUGAUAAGCAGAUUUCUUCUGGCAUGGAGUUGGGUGACUAUGAACAGCCUGUUGUUAUGAGAGAAGAAAACAAACGAAGGAGAAGAAGAAUGAAACCUCAUUGUACAUCGAGUAAUUUGUCUUCAAUGGAACUGAUAUCCAUUGAGUUCAUUUUACCUACAAGCAAUAAGCAUACUAAAGUACCGGAAAUGAUGUUACUCGAAAUAGCUGGAAACUGUACUGUUGAGCAAAUGAAAGCACAAAUUUGGAUGCGUGCAAUAGAGAUGAGUCAAACCACAGACUUCUACCAUGCAUUCACCCCGGAUCAGUUCGUACUUCAGUAUCAGAAGAAGGGGCAAUGGUAUGAAAUUUAUGAUAAGCAUCAACUAUUACAGACAUUAGACUGCAUACUGUACUGGAAAGUGUUACAGAAGAAAGUAGGCAAGAUAUAUGUAGUCCAGAAACAAAAACCAUCAGAAGAAGUUCAGGAAUUUCAGCGGCAGCUUAAUGAUUUAAUUGGUUAUGAUGUUACUGAUGUAAGCAACGUGCACGAUGAUGAACUAGAAUUUACCCGACGCAGAUUAGUCACUCCACGAAUGAUAGAAGUAGCUUGUAGAGAUCCUAAAUUGUAUGCAAUGCACCCAUGGACUACAUCUAAGCCACUCCCAGAAUAUUUGUUCAAAAAGAUAACUAAUAAUAACAUUUUUAUAAUCAUACAUAGAGGAACGACGAGCCAAAAAAUUAAAGUGUCGAUAGAUGACACUCCAGAUAUGAUUCUCCAUAGCUUUUUCACAAAAAUGGCAAAGAAAAAAUCUUUAAUGGAUAUUCCUGAAGAUCAUAGCGAACUGGAUUUUGUUCUUAGGAUUUGUGGCAGAGAUGAGUACAUUACUGGAGACACACCCAUCAAGGAUUUUCACUGGAUAAGACAGUGCCUUAAGAAUGGGGAAGAAAUCCACCUUGUGUUAGACAACCCCCCUGACCCAAGUGAGGAUGAGGUGCAGAAGGAAGAGUGGCCCUUGGUAGAUGACUGUACAGGAGUUACAGGAUAUCACGAACAAUUGACUAUAGAUGGAAAAGAUCAUGAGAGAGUCUUCACUAUCUCUUUGUGGGAUUGUAACAGGAAAUUCAGGGUGAAAAUAAUUGGUAUUGAUAUCCCAGUUUUACCAAGAAAUACUGAUCUUACUGUAUUUGUAGAGGCUAACAUUCAACAUGGGCAACAGCUCCUUUCACAAAGGAGGACUUCCUCAAAGCCUUUUACUGAAGAGGUUCUGUGGAAUAUUUGGUUGGAAUUUGAUAUCAAAAUCAAGGAUUUGCCUAAAGGAGCACUCUUGAAUCUUCAGAUAUAUUGUGGUAAAGCACAGGGAUUGUCCACAAAGACAAACCUUCAGUCACACGAAUCCCCCAACUCUGAUUCAAAAUGCAAAACUCAACUUCUCUAUUAUGUGAAUCUUUUAUUGAUAGAUCACCGUUUCCUGCUACGAAGUGGGGAGUAUGUUCUCCACAUGUGGAAAAUCCCAGGCAAAGGGGAAGAACAAGGAAGUAUCAAUGCAGACAAACUCACCUCGGCAACUAAUCCGGAUAAAGAAAACUCCAUGGCUAUCUCUAUUGUGCUGGACAAAUAUUGUCACCCAAUUGCCUUGCCCAAGCACAGGAUAACAUCUGACUCUCAGGGGGACAGGACACGAGCUGAAAUGCCCAACCAGCUUCGCAAGCAACUUGAAGAGAUCAUAGCAACUGACCCACUUAAUCCACUUUCUCCUGAGGACAAAGAACUGUUGUGGCACUUUAGAUACGAAAGCAUAAAGCAUCCCAAGGCAUACCCUAAGCUGCUUAGUUCUGUCAAAUGGGGACAACAAGAAAUAGUGGCCAAAACAUACCAGUUGCUAGCUAAAAAGGAGGCGUGGGAUCAAAGCACUUUAGAUGUUGGACUCACAAUGCAGCUUCUGGACUGUAACUUUUCUGAUGAAAAUGUACGAGCAAUGGCAGUUCAAAAACUGGAAAGUUUAGAAGAUGAUGAUGUUCUUCAUUAUCUUUUGCAGCUUGUGCAGGUAAGGUGUAUUUGUAUUUGUAUUUUUGAUCUCUGGCUUCUGAGAAUAUUUACAUCACCAUAUAACCAUUCCCAUGUCAGCAAACAACCCUGUUUUUGAGGCCUUCAGAUUUUA